AGCCAAGAACUAUCAUUCUAUCAGUGUUAAGCCCAAGUUUUCUUGACUGUGUUUGCGAGAAAAAAACCUGUUCUUUGCUCUGACAAUGGCUGGAAUUGUGGUGGUUUUCGACUUUGACAAGACGAUCAUUGAUGUGGAUAGCGAUAACUGGGUAGUUGACGAGUUGGGUGCCACCGACUUGUUCGGUCAGCUUCUUCCUACCAUGCCAUGGAAUUCUCUCAUGGAUAGGAUGAUGCAGGAGCUUCAUGCACAAGGCAAAACCAUUGAGGACAUUGCAGAGGUACUGAAACGAGUUCCAUUACAUCCCCGGAUAGUCCCAGCUAUAAAAUCUGCCCAUGCUUUAGGGUGUGAUCUGAGGAUAGUUAGUGAUGCUAAUCUCUUCUUUAUCGAGACGAUUUUGAAGCAUCUUGAGAUAAGGGAUUGUUUUUCUGAAAUCAACACAAACCCAAGUUGUGUUGAUGAGGAAGGAAGGCUAAGAAUCUUCCCUUACCAUGAUUUUCAUUCAUCUCCUCAUGGCUGCAGCCUUUGCCCUCCAAACAUGUGCAAGGGUCCGGUAAUAGAAAGAAUACAAGCUUCUAUAGCCGAGGAGGGGAGGAAAAAGUUCAUCUAUCUGGGAGAUGGAAGUGGUGAUUUUUGCCCAAGCCUGAAGCUCAAAGAAGGAGAUUACAUGAUGCCAAGGAAGAAUUUCCCAGUAUGGGAUUUGAUAUGCAAAAACCACGCGCUUGUGAAGGCAGAAAUCCAUGAAUGGACAGAUGGAGAAGAGCUCGAAUGCAUUCUGCUCCAACUUAUCAACACAAUUUGUGUUGAAGAGGACAACAGCAGUAAGUCCACUCAGUUGUUAUCAGUUGAUUUAAAGUCUCAGCCAAUUCCGAUAUCUGCUCAUCAAGCCUUGCCUCAAGCCCUCCCUGUGCCUUACUAGUCACCAAAAAUAUACCUUUGGCCAAUGCCAAGUUUGGGCAUACUUGCUUUUGCUUUUGAUUUUGGGGUAGAUUUUGUAACCUCUGAUUGUCAUGUUGAUCAAACAGAGAUCUACAAGAAAAAAUAUGGGCAGCCAUUAUAUAUUUAAUGCUACUUGCCUGUGUACCAUGAUCAUAAAAGUACUAACAUUGGAUAUAUGAAUGUAUCAUGUUUUGAUUCUCUGGAAACAAGAAAGAUUUACCUGAGUUGUGGAAAGAGCCUCUCAUCCUGAAGCUUGUAUGACUGCG